AUGAAGUUGUCUCAUGUAAUUAAAUGUGACAAAUGCUAUUUUUCAAAUGAUGGUUUAUUUUUAAUUCAUAUAGUAGAUAAUAAAAUUUUUUUAACUGAAUUAGAAAAUUUUGAAAUAUGCAGAAUUUAUGUAAAUAGUUAUAAAAUUGAUGAUAUAGAUUUUUCUAAUGACAAUAUUCAUUUUUUAGCAUUGAUAAAAGAUAAAGGAAGUGUGUACAUAUAUUCAUUGUAUAAAGAAUAUGUUGUUAAAAAAAUAGAAGAUUUUUUUCAAACAUAUUUAGUCUCAUUUUUUCUUUAUAAAGAUAACAAGAUAUGCAUAUAUAAAUAUGAAAAAAAAUGUUUUAGUGUAUAUGAUAUAAAUAAUGUUGAAGAAUCCUUAGUAAAUAUAGAAAAUGUAAAAUUUAAGAAAAAUGGAUAUUGCUUAAAUGAUGAAGGUAGCAUAUUUGCUUGUAUAAUACAAAAUAAUAAUAAAAUUGAAAUAUCCUUAAUAUCUUUAUUAAAUUAUAAUGUUGUAAAUAAUAUAUCAUGUAAUAACUUUGAUCCCAAUAAAAUUAUAUUUACAAAAGAAAAUAACAUAAUAACUUUUAGUAAUAAAAAAAAAUCAUUAUAUAUGUAUAAAGCAAAUGGAGAAUUACUAUUUGUAUAUACUUAUGAAUAUGAGUUACCAUGUAUAAAUGUCGUAACUAAAAAUGAAAUAAAAAACAUUUUAUCAGUAGGAUUUGAAAAUGGAAUUGUUGAAAUAUUAAGUCUUAAGAAUUUUAAGAAAAUUGAAACCUUAUUGUUAGAUGAUAUAAUUGCAUUUAAUCAAAAAUUAAAGAUUUACAAAGAAAAUAUUUCAAAUAAAGACUCAAUAAAUUGUGUCCUUUCAACUGAAUAUAACAUAAUUUCUCACAAAAAAGAUAAUGAAAUUUUUGCCUAUUAUAGCAAUAAAGGAAUAAAAGAGGGAGAGUACAAAUUAAAACGUGAAAAGGAAGAAUCUAAUGAAUGCGUUAAAAAAAAUAUUUUAAAAAAAACAUCAAAAAUAGGAAUAACUGUUUUAUCAUUUAGCGUAUGUGGAAAUUAUUUAGCGGCCAUAAAUGAAAGACAUAAUAAUGUAGUGAGAGUAUAUGAAAUGGAAAAUCAUUCAUGUAUAGCUAUAUUGCAACAAAAAAAUAUUGUAACAAAUAUACAUUGGGAUAAUACAUUAAAUAAAGCAAGACUUUUAAUUUGUACAAAUACAUCACAUUUAUUUGUGUGGCUACCUGAUGAAUGUGCUGUGCUUGAUAUGCCAAGAAAUUUUAUAUGUAGCGAUGCAAAAUGGAAUUGUUAUGGAACUGUUUUAUUAGCUAAAAAUGAUGAAAGUUUAACAGUAUUUUAUCCAAAAAAAAAAUGA